CCAGCCUGCGGUUCGUCGUCCGCCGUUCCCCGUCCCGUCAAUCGUCAUUAUCCCGACGGAAUACGGAUCCGUGGCUAUAGUGAGAGUAGUGAGACAGACGGCUGUUUCAGUGUGCCCAUUCUCCGUACGGACUCCGUCACUUUCGGUCUGCUCCUCGGUCGCUCGUACGUCGUCCACCAGUCGCAGACGCUCUGCGCAUGCGUAGAGUUUCAGUCAGUUCCGUCGUACAAUCAGACUAUCGGGACAUUCAUACCUUCAGAGUUCAGCUUCAGACCACUGUCGUAGUUGCUUGCCUAUAGUUGUCGCCGUUAUUCAAUUGUACCUACUAUUGUCGACUGCGACGGGGGCGUUUAUUAGUACGUCCCGUCAUUAUCUUCGCUGACACAGAGGCAAUUACCGCCUCACCAUCACCACUACAAUCGAUCGUCGCUAUCAUCGGCCACCCUUACCCGUUACUGGAACAACUACACCACAACAGCGAGUCAUCGACAAAUUGUUCUUGAUUUGUAAAAUUGAUAUUGCUUGUUACUGACGGUUCUCGUCUUCCAAAGACGUCUUCAAUCAUCUCUACAAGUCAUGGAUGAAGAUACAGACUGUCCCCACAUUUCGGAAGCAGCCGAGAAGUUGAAGUUGGAUGUGGAGCAAAUUAGAGCUACACUCAACAAUAGGAGUUGCAAUGUAUGCUUACGAAUAGAUCAGUUGUGGAUGUGUAUGGAGUGUCGACAAAUUCUUUGUGGGCAUAAUGCUGUAGGACACAGUACUGCACAUUACGAGUUCCACAAAACUCAUUGCUUAUUUAUAAAUAUCGAGUCUGCAGCUAUAUUCUGUUUCAAGUGUAAUUCUGAUGUAGAACCAAAAAACCACGAUGAUGAACUGAACCGUCUUCGACAGUUUAUUCUAUAUAACCGUGGACCAAGUGCAAGUAAUAGUAACAAAAAGAAAAGACGGAGAAAAGCACCUAAGGCUGUUAAACCAAAAAAGACUAGUUUUAAACAAGGUCCUAGAGCUAUUGAAAAUGUCUGUAUACCUCCUAAUAAUGAAAAUGACUGUUUUAUGAAUACAGUUACCCAAGCUCUUUGUGAACAAGAACCUCAAGCUGUUGUACCAAAAAUAGCACCUAAAGCUGUUGUACCAAAAACACCACUCAAAGCUAAACCUAAAAAACCUUUUUAUAAAAGAGGUCCUAGAACUACUAAAAAAGUUGGUAUAUCUAAUAGUGGAAACAAUUGUUUUAUGAUUGCGGUUUGGCAAUCAAUUCGUCAUCUUAAGCCAUUUAUAUAUUGCAUGAAAUUGUUCAAACUUGUUGAAAUAUCCAAUAAGAAAAAUAAUGGUAAUCCAGAUCCAAGGUUGCAAGAUUGUAUAGCCCAAGAAAUGUGGAAACUAAUGGUGACGUUAGUUGACUGGCAAAAACCUCCCGGCUAUAAAUUUAGAGAAGCAAUUUCACCAACUGCUCUUCAACAAAUUGUCUGCAAAAUUAAACCUCGAUACAAAGGAUAUCAUCAACAUGAUGCUCAUGAAUUUUUGAUGUUUACAUUGGAUACUUUACAUUCCGAGCUGACAGAUGAAAAAAGUAAAUUGUUGUUAGAGGAAGGAAUAACAACUCAAAACCCUAGUAAAAUUGAUACACUUGUGUCAUUGAUGUUUCGUGGGUUUUUAUUAAGUGAGGUAUACUGUUUAAAGUGCAAUACACCUUACAGAAAAAGAGAUCCAAUUACAGAUAUUUCACUAGACGUUCCAGAUUACAAAAAUGCAGACCUGUCGGUACUUCGACCAGUUGAUCUUUUAACUGAUUGCUUGGAGCGUUAUUUUGAGAUAGAAGAACUAAAUGAAAGAAAUUUUUACUUCUGUGAAAAGUGUGGAAAACCACAAAAGUCCACUAAGAGAUUUUGGAUGAAUGCCGUACCUAAUAUACUUUGUCUCCAUCUUAAACGGUUUAGAUGGGAUAAAACUUGUCGUACUAAAGUACAUACGUUCAUAAAAUUUCCUAUGCAAUCAUUAGAUAUGUCUCCAUAUUUUGAUGAUGAAAUGAAAACUCAAUUUGUUGGUAAAGAUACAAAUAUGUUUGAUUUGAUUGCUGUUGUUGUACAUGAUGGAGAAGGGGGAGGAUCUGGGCAUUACACUUCUUAUGCUGUGGAUUUUAAAGAAGGUCAAUGGUAUGAAUAUAAUGAUGAAAAAGUGCAUGAAGUCGAUGCAUCUUUUGUAGAAAAUGUGCAAGCCUAUCUGUUAUUUUACAUUAAAAGGGACAUGAUCUAUAACUUUUGUUAAUUGGACAACUACUGAAUGAUUAAUUGGACAGCUGUAAUUUGAGUAUCAACAUUUUACUAUAAUAUCCUUUGAUGGUAUAUAAAAGAAUAUCUAUUUAAAAAUAAUUUAAACAGUAUUCUUAAUAUUCUAUGUGUUUUUAUGCUUAAAAUGUCAUCGUUAUAUGAAUAUUUUAUUAUUAUUUUUUUUUCUGAAAAUAAGGUUUUUUUUAUACAAAUAGUGCUUUAAAUUAUAUAUUAGUUGAAUUAUUGGCAUUUAAAUAAUUAUAGUUGAAUUUUAAUAUUAGAAUUCAUAUAUGGAUCAUAUUUUGGUGGCAGGGUUAACUAUUUAAUUGUGAUCUCUGGUUUUAUUGAUCAAUACAAUAUAAAUUGUAAUUAUAUUUAAGUUAAGAAAAUAACAACAGUUUAAUAUUUAAAAUUUUGAUUUUUAAAAAACGAACAGUAACAUAAUUAGACUAUUAAUUUUUAUUUCACAUUUUAAUUCUUUAAAAUUUCAAGACUAAGUAAUAAAAUAACAACUUGAAAAAAAAUUAUAAAUAUUAGGUUUUUGUUUGUUAUUUUACACUGCCAAUUAUUUUUUAAUUAUACAUGUAAAUUAAUUUUUGCUGUGAUCAAUGAAUUUUAUUUGUUGAAAAACAUUCCUAAAGUUUAUUUAAAUGUUUUAACUAUUACUAUAAUCAAUAAGAACUUAAUUAUUGUUUUAACAGUUUAUGUUGUAAGUUAUGGUAAUGGGUAUAAUUCCAUAUUCACUAGAUAUAAGUAUAUUAAAUGGACCGUCGUGUAAUUACUUAUUAAAUUAGAUAAUGAUUUAUUCUUUCAUUAUUUUAGUACAAUUAAUUUAUAAGUUCAUAUAAUUAUAUUUAUUAUAUUGACAGUGACAAAUUUAAGAUAAUUAACUUGGGCAUUUGGAUAAAAUUAUUGAUGAAUAGGUAUUAUUUUCUGUGUUUACACAUCUAUUAUAUUUCUUACUGAAGAUUUCAUUGUUUAAUUAUAUACUCUUCAUUUGCUA